UAACCCAGCGCUGCUCGCCUACUCCGCUCCAAGAUGGAGUAGCUGAUUUCUCCACGUGCCGAGUCUUUUUCUUUACGUCAGGAGUAUUGAACUCUAGAGUAGUCGGUCGUCGCCUUCUUCGGUUCUUCCUUCUCCCUUCCGCAGAUUUUCUCUCUCCAAACAACCGUCAAUGGCGAAGCUCGUCUCUGCAACCAUUCUGUGUUUUUUCUCUCUCCUGUGUUCCACAGCAACCCGUCUUACAAUCGCCACUCCAGACGAUGAUGUAGUGGAAGUUCAGGAAAUUUACACGGUGGAGCCGCCCGUCACCGGCGUUCACGACCUCCUCCCUGCGUUCGGCCUCCCAAAGGGUCUUCUCCCCAACGCCGUCAAGUCAUACUUGCUAUCUGAAAACGGGGACUUCCAUGUUGAGCUUCAACACCCGUGUUACGUUCACUUCGACGAGCUCGUCUGGUACGAUAAGAAGAUCACCGGAAAACUUAGCUACGGAAAAGUUCGGGACGUGUCGGGGAUUCAAGCAAAGAAGCUCUUCUUGUGGGUGUCUGUCACCGGAAUUCAAGCUGAUGAAGCCUCGGAUAUGAUUACAUUUUAUGUUGGGGCUCUCUCGGAAAAGUUGCCGGCUAAGCAGUUUGAGACCAUUCCAGAAUGUAAGAGCAAAGCGUGUCAAGGGAGAAAAUAUCUGUCUUCUUUGAUUUCAGAGGUGUAACCGUCAGCAUAUAGCUCUUCUGGUUAGGUUGUGCCACCAUCUAAGCUUGAAUCUGUUGAAAUGGGUGAGAAUUUCAAUGCAUUCGUGUUAAGAAAUUAUGAGAAUAUGAAUUCCAUAUGUAAAAUACUACGUGUUUCCAAGAAGAAACUAUGAAUAUUAACAGCACAAAUAAAUUUUUCUUUUUUUUUUGCAAGCAACCAUCAUGUUUGUGUAUGC